AUGUCUUACUCGCCAGACGACUCCGAGACCGGCUACUCCCACCAACGGGGUCCCUCGCAGCAUGCCUUGGGAAUCCCUCGCCCUCCCUCCGUGGGAGGCAUCUCGUCGCGGGUGACGGACAUGGCCCUAUCGGAGGAUGGAGAUCAGUCGCAAUCACAGUCGCAAACCGUCGUGUCAUCGCAGGCGCCACAGUCCCGCUCGUCCAUCUCUCGACGCGCACCGCCUCCCGCGCGCAGUUCCAUCCUCACCAAUGCCAGUGGCCCUACCCCCCGACCAGGGAGUUCGGGCAGUCGACUGAGCAGAACACACAUUCCCUCGCUGGCGGCGCAAGGCUUCUUCCGUCCCAUGUCUUCCCAGCGACUGCAGGCCCACCGCGGACGCCCCGUAACGAAGGAGACAACACAAUCGUCGGACUACGGAGACGAGUCGAGUCAGCACCGACGCAGCUUGAUUUCGGACAGUACAUUCCCCCAGUCGUAUACACACAUCGAGCAGGAAGCGCCCCCCUCCCGGGGCACGGAGUUCACCGAUCCCAUCAUCCCGGACCGCGCCACCUCGAAUGCGAGCCCGACCAACAAUACGGUGGAGAGAAGCGUGGGCGAAAGCGCCAAACUCCUGCGCUCCCGGGACCAGGGCUUCCAACAUCCGCGGCAUCUGGACUUGUCCGCGACGUACCAAGCGGACCCCGGGCCCGAAACUCCCCAACGAUCCCCGCUCUCGUUUCUGUCUCUGCAGAAUCGGGGUCCCGGGCAUGAACACCGCGAUAGUCGGACCCACGAGCGGCUCUCCUCCGGCGGAUCGUCCCCGGGCCUCGAGAAGCAAAGCCGUCCCGCCGCCGUGAAGAAGCCCGACCUGGGUAGAAACUAUGAAUACUUCACCGGCAACACGGCCUUCAGUGGGCGUGGGCGACUGCAAAACUCGCGAGACAAGCCGGUCAACAUCCUCACGGGCUUCCUAGUCGUCGUGCCGUCCGCGCUGUUCUUCGGAUUCUCCGCCCCGUUUACCUGGCAUCACAUCUCCCCCGCACUCCCGGUGGUGUUCGCUUACCUCUUCUACGUGUGUCUGUCGUCCUUUGUCCACGCGUCGGUGGUGGACCCCGGGAUCAUGCCGCGGAACCUGCAUCAAAUGCCGCCACUUGACCCCGCUGAUGAUCCCCUGGCGGUCGGUCCGCCGACCAACGACUGGGUCAUGGUCAAGCUCGCCACGUCGGAGGUGGCGGCCAUGGACGUGCCGGUGAAGUACUGCAAGACGUGCAGCAUCUGGCGGCCGCCGCGCUGCUACCACUGCCGCGUGUGCGACAACUGCGUGGAGACGCUGGACCAUCACUGCGUGUGGCUCAACAACUGCGUGGGCCGCCGGAAUUACCGCUAUUUCUUUGCCUUUGUGAGCAGCAGCACCCUCCUGGCCCUCUACCUCCUAGGCGCCAGCCUGGCGCACAUCAUGGUGUAUUGCCAGGAAGAGGACCUCUCGUUCCAGGCGGCGAUUGGGACGCUGCGAGUGCCCUUCGCCAUGGUCAUCUACGGGGCGGUCUCGGCUCCCUACCCGGCUUCCCUGCUGGCCUACCACCUCUUCUUGGUCGGACGAGGCGAGACCACGCGCGAGUAUCUAAGCUCCCACAAGUUUGCCAAGGCAGACCGUCACCGGCCCUUCACCCAGGGGAACAUGUUCCGCAACUGGAUCGCGGUCUUCGGGCGACCUCGGCCUCCGACGUACAUGCAGUUCAAGGAGGCCUACCAGGAGGGCGAUCAGCGACUGGCGACGAUGAAGCGGAAGUACCUGCCACGCCAUGUCGAAUCUCGCGAUGACAUCGAAAUGCAACGAGUUCCUACGACUCCGCAGCAAGAAUGA